UUCAUAUUGUGAAUAGUUUAUACUUAACAUGUUUAAUUUGUCAUGUAAUCUGAUAAUAAUAUUUAUAUAUUUAUACAAAGAAACGUAUGGUCAAAAGCCAAAUAAGUUGUGCAGUAAAGUUGAGAACAAAAGACUAAAAUGUGAAGAUAAUCAUGCUGAGUGCUGGGGACCCCCUCCUACAUGUUUUUGUAUCUAUGAAGGAACAUAUCCAGAUUGCACCUCUCCUUCAAGUAGAGAUAAUGAGCCUGGGACCUGGGGAGAAUGGACAAAAUGUUCUAAAUCUUGUGAUGGUGGAGUACAAACUAGACGGAGAGAAUGUGACUCCGGUCAGCCUUGUUCUGGAACCAACAAUAAAAAUAGGCAAAGGAAAAAAUGUAACCAAGAGAAAUGUGCUGGAAGUUGGACAGAAUGGGAGAGUUGGGGAAAAUGCUCCAAAGAAUGUGGAACUGGAUUUCAAAUGCGAGGAAGGACAUGCAGCUCUGAGGGAAAAUGUGAUGAGCUGGAUGGGGGGAGAGAAAAGAGAGAAUGCAACACCCAGGAUUGUGAAGAUGUAAACGAGCCAGAACCUUGCGGAGGUAAGCCCUGUCCUCCUCCCUGUGAACCAGGGGUGUGCCUAGAGCUUGCCAACUAUUCGGGGGAUCCAGGAAGGUUUGAUAGACCCCUUCAGGAGAUUCCAACAGUGGAAGCGUGUAGGCAAGAAUGUGAUAAAGAACCUAGGUGCUGUCAUUUUACCCACUAUGGACCUAAUCAUCCAAACAGAGUACCGGGCCGUGGUGCAUUUACUUGUUGGCUUAAGACUUUAAAAAGUAGAAGAAUUGUUAGAAAUAAACCCUGGCUUACAAGAGGACCAACUUACUCGGGAUCAAAAAUCUGUAGAUAAUUAAAGUUUGAUCAAAUAUAUUGUACAAAGGUAG